AUGAAUCAGGAGCAGCUGCAGCCGCAGAAUAAGAAUAAGAUCAGCACCAUGAAAAACCCCAUGUAUGAAAUAGCAUCCCUGCUACUGGAAAAGUUUCUGCUGCUUGCCAACUUCAAACUUCUCGGUGUGGGCUCUGGUGCAGAGGAAGAAGAGAAGAAGAAACGAUGCUGUUAUUAUGAUACCACCUAUUUCAAGCCAGGGGAUUUGCUGGAGGUGCCCCGAACACUCUUCAUUCAUUUUGGCAUCUACCUGGGGGAUAACCGGGUGGCUCACCUUAUGCCAGAUAUCCUGCCUGCUCUCACCAACGACCAGAAACAGAUCCAGAAGGUGGUGACUAACAAGAGACUCAUCUUUGGUGUCAUCACUAAAAUGGCCAGGAUCCGUGUGGACACAGUGGAAGACUUUGCCUAUGGAGGCUCUAUUCUGGUAAACCACAUGGACAAACUCUUCAAGAACAACGUCCUGCGUGAUGAAGAGGUGGUCUGCAGAGCAGAAAAGCUGGUGGGUGCCACUGAAUACAGCUUGCUGUGGAACAACUGUGAACAUUUUGUGACCUUCUGCAGAUAUGGCUCACCAGUCAGCUUCCAGACUGAGAAGGUAAACUACCACUGUACAAAUCUAGCCAAGCAACCUGGCAAAAGGAUUCUGAGUCCUUGCUUUGAGAGCACAAAGGGACAAUUGCACAGUGGCUUAUCUGUAUGGGACUCUGUGUUGUGCAUUUAUAACCUAUUUCUAUAAGCAUUUCUCACUUGCACUUUCCUUCCCCCAGAACAUAAAGUAAGCUGCAUGAGUUGAGGGUGUUUCAUUUUUGGUUCAGUCUUGUGCCUUUAACUAUUAGUAACCAACCGUGUUCCAAAAUCUCUAACAAUCCAUAAAAAGAUAUAUAGUGCCUUUUAUCUUGGUGGUAAGAUUCAAAUCCAAGCUUUCCUUGCCUGUCCCAACAAGACUGCUAUCCAAACACUUAAUGUAUCUCUGAGCCAGAAUAAACAAAUAAACAAAAACAAAACUGUCCAGCCAUUCCAUCGUCUGCGAACAGGUCAGUGUGAGAUGAUGCUGCCAAGGAAGUAUAGAGAUCCUGCUGUAGCACCGGCUAUCCAGUUUUCCUGUCUGAAAGCAAACCUGGGCAGAGAGCUAUUCAAUUCCCAAAAGAUUUUAACUAGAGCCUUCUCUGUUGAAGAGAAAUUGCUCAUCUUCCCAUUGCUCCUAAGGAAUGGAAUUUAUUAUUAUUAUUAUUAUUAUUGUUGUUGUUGUUGUUAUUCAGCUCAGGAUUUGACUACACUUACAGUCCUUUUAAAUUUUGUUUCUUGCAAGUCAAAAGUGCGCAAGUCAUUGUUUUAACAUUUCACCUGCCUCUCUUAGAUCCAAGCCCAGACCUCUAGCAAGGGCCCACUAAUCUAAAUAGAAUUUGGCCUUGGACUGCUGACAGAAUGCUAGAUUUGGUAUUUUGAGUACUUUCUACCUAGUGACAAUGGUGCUGGUUGCAGGAAUUGCUAUAUAGUGUAUAUAUUUCCCCCUGCUCCCCCCCCCAAUGAAAUGGUGAUUCCCUGAAAGGCUUACAGUUCAAGGCUGUUGCAGAUUCUGGCUUUUUAAUACUCAUGCAGAAAUGGAUAGGGCUAAGGGGUGCAACACUGGCCUCUGUCCCUCUUUCCUUCCCUCCCUUCUCUUAUGCCCUCUUGUGUCUCUGCCUCCCAAAGGCUUGCACAGCUGUUCGUUCCAGCAGCCCUGGCUAAAAGCUCCCCAGGUGAAUGGUGCCUCUGUGGCUGGCCAGGGGGUACUUCCACGCCCCCAUGGGGCAGUGUGAUGAGGCACCUCACUUUGGGGCGGGGGGGGCAGCUCAGAGACCAGGGGCAGCAGCUGCCCAGAGGACUCCCAAGGAGAGGAGAGGGGAGAGGAGGUUGAGGGAACACUCCACAAAGGAGGGUGUUUGAAAAAGGGCGAGAGGCUGCCAGCUCUGCAGGCAAGGGGUGACAUAACUGGGCUCCUGAGCCCCAAUGGGGUGCCGCAGAAAGAAUGUAGCUGGUCAAGGGAGCCGUGGACUCAAAAGGGUUGAAAACGUGUGGGCUAAGGUAUGUCCUUUCCUUUUCCACUCUCAUCUUUAGUGUGUGAAAACUUCUGAUUCAUUGGAUUGGCUGCUAUCUAAAAGCAGAGCAUGUAAAACAGCCAUCUGAAGCACAGCACAUCCUCUGCAGAACUUGAGUUCAGUCCCGUUUUGCUGAAUGUAUGUUUUAGUCAGCAUUUAUUUCAUAUUGUUGAGGGUGGCCCUAUGUGAACCUUUCACCUCAAGCUUAACAGUGUUAAGGAAAUAGGUCUCUCUUCAUAUGGGACAGCUGGGUACAGGGAGUGAAAAUGAACACUGGUUUAGGUUGUACACUGUGUACUGUUCCAACAGGCAGGGGUUUGGCAUUGCAAAAGUAAAAAAAAAGUUCAUCUUUCCAUCAGAGGGUAAACACAGGAUAUUUUUGGUGUGGUUUAGCAAACAUCUAAAUGUGAUGCCCUGAAAUUCAAGGUUAUGAUUCUCCUUUGUAGCUUUAAGGUGGAACGGAAAUAUCCUAACAGGUGGUACUAAGAGCAGAGCUGAUCUCUUCUCCACCAUUCAAGAGAAAUAAAGGUACAUUGUGCAGAGACUAGGAGCAGUAUUACCAGCAGCCCCAGGUUAGCUCAGAGGCGUGCGUUUACAAGCUGAACUUGAUGAAGUCUGCAAAAGGAAGUACGUCAGAUUUAUUUAGGUACCAAGCAAAUAAUUUCUUGUAGUAGAGGCAGUGUUUCUGGGUGGCUAAUUAGAAUGGAACACAUAUUACCUCUCUGUGCCCAAUGCAGGCAGGAACAGAGCAAGGGCUAUUUUGCUUUAAUUUCUCUCUCUCUCUUAAAAAUAUUGAAUCUGUGUGAAAUGCCAAUGAAGUCAUUUAGGUUUGCCAGGUUUCUGACAGACAAAACCAGAUUUUAAUUGGUGUUACUGUUCAGCACUGUUAAUCUAACAGAGUUUUUGUAUAGUGCUUUAUUAGUCUAAUAAAUGGCUUGGCUGGAGAAAACUUGCAACUUUUAAACCCUUAAGGCUGCCUGGUUUAGUUUUUAAAAAAAUAAAAUUGGUAUGUUUCCUUAAGAAGUAGGACAGCUAGUUCUGAAGCCUUCAUUUGUUCAUUUUAAAUACACUUUUAAAACAAAAGCCAACCCCCACUAUUCACUACUCUACGCCUCACUUGGAUGUCACUGGUGGAUUGGCACAUUCUGAAGACUAUUCUUUCCCCCUUUCUGUUCAUUUCACUCCUGCCAUCUCAUCCCAAUUCAAUACUCUAGUAAAUAGUAAAUGUGCAGGUAUCACAGUUCUGCUGACGUUUUGUCCUGAAACCACAGGAAUGAUGGGGUAGUUGAGGUGGGGGUGGCUAGAGAGUAAGCAGUCAAGGCAUUAUCUACUUUCAGUCCAUCAAAACCAACUUGCUGGAAAGCACUGAAAUACCAUCAUGUAAAAGUUAGCAGAGAACUGAAACCAAAUUCUAGCCAAUGUCAUCAUGCAGUACAUAACAUAAUUAUCCAAAUGGUUUUAGAAACACACACAGCAACUGGAGAAUUAGAAAUUCAGAUGGAUGGGAAGUGGGUUCCUGACCACUGGGGUACCUACUCUUAACCUGUAGUGUCUCUCUGUGGUCUCAGGUAGAGCUGUUUCCCUGCCCUGCUGCCUUGAGAUCUUGGAAGUUUUGAACCUGUGGCAUUUUGCAUGCAAAUGGUGUGCUCUUCCACAAAGCCAGGAGUCAUCCCAAAUAAACAAGGGUGCUUCAAUAUCCUUUGUAAUAUCACUGAGGAUGUUGGGGUGCAUCUCUUAGAUCAUGCGGCAUAGUUGCUUGUAACAGCCAAACAUUUUGGACUAGCCCUGCUAAAUUUCAUUUAAAAAAAUUAAAUACUACGUAAGUCAGUUUGCUAUAUAACCUCCUUCCCUGGAAGGUGGUGGACUUUCCUUUGUUCAACCAGGACUAGCUGGUCACUUUUUGGUGUGUUGUAGUAGCAAUUCCCUGCAUCAGCAGGAGGUUGAACUACAUGAGCUUUAAGGUUAUUGCUAAAUCUAUGAUUCCAUGCAUGCAUUUAUUUCUCAACUGGAAGCAGCCCUUAAUUUGCAUUCUAAAAAUUUCUGCUCUGAUUUUUGCAGUUCUGUGAAACGGUGAAGAUGAUUAUUCGGGACCAGAGGAGUGUUCUUGCUUCAGCACUGCUGGGACUGGUUUCUAUACUCUGCCUGGGUCUGGCACCUUCUACUACCCUCCCUACCAUCAUUAUUCCAUUCAUUUUGUGGAUGGCGGGUUAAAGGCAUCCACAGAGCUUGUUAGAAGUUGUAAAUAGAAUGUACAAUGUAUUUAUGAAAGCUCAAACACCUUUCUAACAUUGUGUACAGAAGAAAAAUGUGGCAUCCAGUUGUGUAAUGAUUUAAAUGCAUCAUUGGCCAGAAUAUGUACCUAAUAGCUUACUGUGUAAGCCACUAGAUUUUGUGAAAAUCUUUCUAGAAGGCAAAUUUAGCAAUGGGUUCAUGGGAUUUACUCCCAAGCAAGCAUUCCUAAACUGCAUUCCUAAGCUCAAAAGUGAAUUCUAAUGAAAUUUAUAGGUCUAACUCCCAAGUAAAUGUGCAUAGGCUUGGACAAUAAGGGUAAUAUGGGAAGAGGUGUCUUUCAAAAUAUCAGUGAUACAGGGUAUUAGAGUCCUUAGCUAGUUGAGAGGGGACAAAUAGGGAAUGAAAACAAGCUACUAGCAUUCAGCAUCUCUUCUAGUUGUACUUUGAAGUCUGUUGUUUCUAAACCAAAUGCAGUGGGAAUAAAAUAAGUCCAGAUGUGUGUUUU